AUGUCUACUAUGGAAUAUUAUCGUGAAUUAGCUUGGGCUAAAUCAUAUGCAGUCGAUCUUGAAGGAGCAGUUAUAUGUAUUUGUGAAUUUAAUUCUGUGAAAUAUUUUGAUCAACAACGUUUCGAACUGGCAUUACAUAAAUGUAUUGAUCAACAUCAUAAUUUACAAUUAAAUAUGAAUUCAUUAACAAAACCAAAUCAAUUUUAUUUUAUUAAACAACCAUAUUCAACACCUUUAUACAUUGAAUUUCAAUCAAAAGAUGAAUGGAAACAAAUUGUUAAUAAUGAACUAAAUACUCCAUUUAAAUUAAUUUUAUUAUACGAUAAGAAUCCAAUGAAUCAUCGACAAUAUCUUUUAUUAUAA